UAUGAAUGAAAAUAUCGCUUCCUCUCCUAUGCUUCCAACAGAAAUGAGAAAUGACAACGAGAGAUUAGGAUUCCACUAAUGAAAUAUAUAUGCAAUUGGGAUCCAGUUCUACUCUGCUAAGGAAAAUCCAUUGGACUCUAGCAGAGGAAAGUCUUAAUGGUCCCCCUGCUCUACAGAGUUUUGGGUUCCCCAUGAGUCUACAUACUCUCAGAAAGUGACAGGUGGGAAAUGGAGAAUAAAGAAGAACAAUUUGGGGAGUCACUGAAACGAGACAGAAAUAAAGAAAGAGAGCAGCAGCGAAGGAAAGCUGAAUUGAAUCAGAUGAGGAAUAAACCCUCUUCUUCUCUGGGCAGUGACUACCAUGAAAUUGCAAUUCAAGAAAAAUUGGAUAAAAGAAAUGAAAAAAGCCAGUCCCCUGUGUGUCAGAAAAAAAUAGAUUCCGAAUCAAACACUUUUGCACAUUGCAAAAUCCCCACAGAAGAACAACUAUUUAAAGAUGAGGACUGUGAAAGAAGUUUCAGUUUGAGUACACAUCUUACUGACCAUCAAAGAAAUCAUACAGAGGAGAAACCACAUAAAAGUUUAGAGUUUGAAAAGAGCUUCCGUGUAAAGACAAGCCUCAACAACCCUCAAACAACUCGCACAGGAGAGAAACCGUACAAAUGUGUGGAAUGUGAAAAGAGCUUUAGUACACGCACAAGCCUCACAUACCAUCAAAGGACUCACAGAGGAGAGAAACCUUAUAAAUGCUUGGAGUGUGGAUUUAGCUUCAGUUUGAGCACAAGUCUCAUUUCUCAUCAAAGAAUUCACACAGGCGAGAAACCAUUUAAAUGCUUGGAAUGUGGAAAGAGCUUUCGUGUGAGCACAAGCCUUACUUCUCAUAAAAGAAUUCACACUGGAGAGAAACCAUAUAAAUGCUUGGAGUGCGGAAAAUCUUUCUGUGUGAGCACACAUCUCACUUACCAUAAAAAAACUCACACAGGGGAAAGACCAUAUAAAUGUUUGGAGUGCGGAAUUAGCUUCAGCGUAAAGACAAGCCUCACAUACCAUCAAAGAACACACACAGGAGAGAGACCUUAUAAAUGCUUGGAGUGUGGAUCCAGCUUCAGUCGGAGUUCUGAUCUUACUUCCCAUCAAAGAAUCCACACUGGGGAGAAACCAUAUAAAUGCCCAGUGUGUGGAAAGAACUUCCGUGUGAGCUCAAGCCUCUCUUCCCAUCAAAGAACCCACACAGGGGAGAAACCGUAUAAAUGUGUGGAGUGCGGGAAGGGCUUCAGUAGAAGCACACACCUAAUUACUCAUCAGAGAACCCACGCAGUGGCAUUGUGUGGUAUAUAAAGGUUUGGAGUGUGGUCAAAGCUUCUGUCAAGAAAUAAACCUUACUGCUUGGAGUAUGGAAUAAUAAAAACAGGUGGAAAAGCCACUUAGGAUAUGCAUUGUUUAAAUAAAUGCCACAAAAAAACCUUGUACUGUAGCAAAAACAAGAAACUUCUUUCCUCUUACAUUAAUGUCUGUUAGGGAAUAAUUGACUUGUAAAGCGCAGAUAUUCCCAGACUUUGAAAGGAAAAGCCAUGUUCUUUUCCUCUCCAUUUUUGUCAAAUAGGUUUUAACUUGCUAUAUGUAUUUCAGACUUAGCCAAAUCGUAUUUACUUUUGAACUUUUAUGUCAGAUAUGAGUAAUGUUUCUUUGAACCUCUUUUGGGCCUUAUCAACCAUUCCAAACGACUCAUUCUUGUAAAUAUUCAGUUUGAACUAAACUAUCAAAAUUGCCCACUGAUUUUUUUU